AUGGACGGAAGGCAAAAUACAGCCAAGAAAAUGUCUAGGUUUUCUGUGAUAUUGUGGGCAAGUCUUUUAGUCAUCAACUCUGUCGCUGUUGAAUGUGCAAAAGUGCAGAAGAAACCUAAUAUUAUCUUGAUAGUGGCUGAUGAUCUUGGUUCUCAUGAUGUGAGUUUGAGAGGAAGUAAUCAGAUUCUGACGCCCAACAUCGACGCUUUGGGCUAUCAAGGCGUCAUCUUCAACAGACAUUACACCGCUCCAAUGUGCACACCAACGAGAUCAUCUCUCUUGACUGGAAAGUACUCAAUUCACACUGGAAUGCAAAGUAACGUUCUGCGCUCUGGUGAACCUCGUGGCUUACCAUUAGAGGAGAAACUCCUUCCGCAGUACUUGAAAGAAGCUGGCUAUAAAACUCAUAUGGCUGGAAAAUGGCACUUGGGAAUGGCUAAGAAAGCUUUCACACCAACUCACAGAGGUUUUGACAGUUUUAUUGGAUUUCUAGGACCUUAUAUUGACUACUUAGACUACACUAACUACACACCUGGCCGACAAUUCUCAAGAGGAUUUGACUUCAGGUACAAUGAAAGUGUUUAUCGCGAUAGAGUUGGUGAAUAUGCAACGGACGUUUUGGCAGAUGAAGCUUCGAAGAUCAUUUACAAUCAUGAUCCUUCCCAAGGACCGCUUUUUCUCUAUUAUGCCCAAAUAGCUCCUCACGCGGGAAAUCCAGAUGAUCCUCAUCAAACUCUUCCUGAACAUCUGCUUAAGACCGGACAUAUUAGUGAUGAGACAAGGAAAUUGUAUGCUUCCAUGGUAAUUGCCUUGGAUAACGCAAUUGGUCGAGUUAUAACAGCUCUGAAGGAGAAAGAAAUGCUGGAGAACAGCAUAAUCGUGUUCUUUUCAGACAAUGGAGGCCCCACGGAAGGAUUGCAUGAAUUACACGCCUCAAAUUAUCCUCUCAGAGGUCAAAAGGACAGUCCUUGGGAAGGAAGUGUGCGAGGAAUGGCACUGGCUUGGAGUCCUCUUCUGCAGCAACGACACUAUGUAUCAAAUCAUGUAGUUCAUGUCACUGAUUGGUUGCCAACAUUCACUCAGGCUGCAGGAUCGAUAGCCUAUAAAUUCAGGAAACUCGAUGGGAAUAACAUCUGGACAACCUUGUCCAACAACAAUCCUCCUCUUCGACGGGAAAUUGUCCACAAUAUCGAUCCUCUGACUGGAUACAUUUCCUACUAUCGUGACGGAUGGAAGUUCAUAAACGGGACGACGUCUAGCGGAAUAUAUGACAGUUGGCUGGGCGAUAUGUCCUUCGAGGACGAUCCUGAAGCCUUUCGCUAUCCUCAGAUUGUGAUGGAAAGUGAUGUUUGGCGAGCUCUCAAUCCAUUUGCCAGGAAACGAUUACAAGCCAGAGAUUUGGAGGGUUUAAGGAAGCAAACCAGGAUUGUUUGCCAGAAGAAAAUCCCACCAGCGAAGGAUUGCAAUCCUCUUAAAGCUCCCUGUCUCUUCUACAUCCACGAUGAUCCUUGCGAAGUCAGUAAUUUGGCCCACUUUCGACCGACCAGAAUGCACGUGAUGAAGGAGAGAAUCCGAUUAUUCCAGAAGACUUCCUUGCCGCCAAGCAAUAUGCCUUCGGAUCCAAAUGCAGAUCCUGCUCUCAAUGACGGCCUCUGGACGUGGUGGUUGGAAGAGGAAUAG